AUGCUUGACCAUCAUAUUCAUGGUAACAGCCGAAGGUCUUGGAUCCUCAACUGGUUCUCCCAAUGGACAUCAUCCACCACCAAUACCGUCGAUUCUUCACAAGAACAACGACAAUCUACAUCCAGCGACGUGGUAUCCCAACCCACAUCUUCGGCUUCAUCGAUUGAAAACGUAAAACAACCAGCCAUAUCCAUUACAACACACGUACCUGGCAAAGGUCAACAACGUGAUUCUGUGUGCUUUGAAGAGGAUUUGGAUGAUGAUGACCAGUUUUCCUCAAAGUCUGCACAUCGACGCGAUAGCAAAGAACGUUCCAUUCUAGGGGAUCUUUGGUCUAGAGCGCGCCGUCAUUACCCGCAUUAUCCUCGAUUCCAUUGGCCACAUCAUCAUCACAAGAAGCAUCAUUUGCAUAAGAACAAAAACAAUUCCGAAACAAUGCUUCCACACAGCUUGAGCCGUUUAAGCAUUGCCUCUUCUCGACGACGAUCUUCUUCACAAAACGAGGAUACAUUGACAAUAGAUGAUGCACAUCGUCUUUCAUCCAGCUUCCAAGAACAUUCCUAUAUUGCUGCUCCUACGACACGCCCUAUUUCUGUAUAUUCACAACCACUCACUUCUCGCCCAGUGUCAAUCUACUCGCAAGCAUUCGAUGACAACGAUGAAGACGACCAUGUACAGUGGUCGGAUGCAGAGCCACCAUGGGCGAUUAGCCCUGAGCUGAUAAAGAUGGUUAUGGACAAUGACCCCCUGCAUGAUAUUGGUGUGGAAAAGCAUGUGCUGCAUGUUGGGCCUGGCGAUUGGGCAAUGGACGUUGCAACAGCGUAUCCAAGGUGGAGGGUCACUGACUUGUUGGCCAUGGAUCAGCAGCAACCUUCCAAUCCUCACCGACGACGACGCCACAAUCUCAAAACAGUGCGAUGCCCUAAUUUAGUGGAUGGUGGGCUUAGCAACAUGGCCGAUCAUUCUUUUGAUAUCAUUCGGUGCCAAUUCUUGAACCUAUCCAUUUCUGCACAAGAAUACAACGAGCUAUUACAAGAAGUAUGGCGUGUAUGUGCGCCUGGUGGAUUUAUUGAAUUGGUCGAAUUGGAUAUGCGUAUUUACUAUGAUCAACCUGGUGGAGCCAACCUUGCAAAGACCACUCAACGAUUCAACUCUGAAGUCAUUCAUGUGAUGGAAGCCAAAUCACUCGAUCCACGACUUGCUCGACAACUGAAGGACGCUCUAAAGAAUCAAAACGAUACCACCUACCAUGGUCUGACGAAUGGACGUUACGCUUCCCUUCCAUUGGGCGUUUGGGGUGGCCGAAUUGGCAUCCUGUUCAGAGACGACAUUCACGACUUGUUUGAACGAUUUCAAGUUGCCGUUGCCGAGCACAAUCAAAUGGCAGAACGCACCGAUGUGGAAUUGGAAUCUGACUUUGACGAGAUGGAUCAGGAGAUGGGGCAAUAUCGUGCGUUUAUGAACUUGCAUUACGUGUGGUCUCAAAAGGUGGAGCGGCCUCCUAUAACGCCUUGA